AUGUAACUGAAAUAAUAGGAGAACCCUCAUUUGACAGGGGAAGAGACUGAGGCGCACGAGAGGAAGAUACUUGUCUAUCCGGAGAGUCAGGAGAGAAACUCCAGCUUUCUUCCUUUGCCCUGGGGCUCCCUAAGCCUGGGCUCCACUGCCAGGGCAGAGAAAGUCAGAGAACCAAACCAAGCAGUGUGGGAUGAAACAUGGAGCCUGCUGCGCCAUCAUCUCACGUCUCUUCUGUGCAAUUUCUGGGAUAAUUUUAUGUGUUGACUGGAGACUCUUUUCAGAACCCUAAGGUGUGAGCUUUCUGUAGAAUCCCCUGAAGUCAAAGAGUAGGGACAGGACUGCAAAGCCACUGAUGGGAGAAAACUGAAAUAGGACUCUGCUCCCGGCCUCCCCAGCUUGUGUUUCUUGGAUUCCAUCUAAACAUCCACUUUACAGCUGAAGGUGCCCCUCACACCUGGGGAACCCCAGGCUCCAUGAUGAGGCCCACGGACAGCGGUCCCUAUACUGGGGACUCCGGUGGAUCGUGCCUGAGUGCCAGCACAGUGGCUGUUCCCACCAUCGAUGGCAGCAGCGUGGGCACGAGUGCUUGCAGCAGCAAUUUCAGUGCCCAGCCUGCCAGCCCCCUGGACACCCAGGUGUGCUCCUCUCGGAAGCAGGACAGAGUGAAGAAGAGGGUUUUCUGGGGCAUCGAAGUAGCUGAGGAACUGCAGUGGAAAGGCUGGGAGCUGGGGAAAGAGACCUCGCGGAACCUGAUUCUGAAAAACUGCACCUUGAAAAUUCAGAAGAUGAAGUAUAGGCCUCCCAAGACCAAGUUCUUCUUCACGGUCAUCCCUCAGCCCAUCUUCCUGAGCCCAGGCCUAACCCUCACGCUCCCUGUUGUCUUCCGGCCUCUGGAGGAGGAGUACAUGGACCAGCUGUGGUUUGAGAAAGAAGAGGGGAUGUUCAGUGUGGAUCUGAGGGCCACCCUGCCCUACCACAAGCUGGUCUGCCCACCAUACCUACAGCUGCCCAUGUGUGCUAUUGGGGACACAGUUGAAGCCUGGUUCUGCCUGGACAAUGUGGGGGACCUGCCUACCUUCUUCACCUGGGAGUUCCCAAGCCCAUUCCAAAUAUGCCCCACUACGGGGCUGCUGGAGCCAGGUCUGGCCUGUAGGGUCAGGGUGACCUUUCAGCCCCUCAUUGCUGUCAUCUAUGAAGUCCAGGCCAUGUGCUGGUAUGGGGAGGGCAGCAGGCAGAAGAGCAGCAUUCGGCUGCAGGCUGUAGCUAAAUGUGCCCAGCUGCUGGUGAGCAUAAGGCACAAGCAAGCAGGGGACCAGGAUGCCGAGGACUCUCAGAAGCUGUUGCACUUCGGUUCUGUUGCUGUGGGCUGUACCGCCGAGAGGCAGAUCAAGCUGUAUAACCCAUGUGCGGUGAAUGCCUCCUUCAAGAUUGAAAUGGCCACAGACAUGCUGACCAAAGACCAGGCCUUCUCAUGUUCCCUGAGCCAUGGAAUUGUGCCCCCAGGAGAGAAGAAAAACGUGUCAGUGUUCUUUCAUCCCAAGACCGUGGGCAGCAGAGCUAUAGACUACUUCUUCAUCACACCUGCUGGCAGUGCCUCCCAGACCCUGCUCCAGGUUGUUGGUUUCAGUACAGGUCCUGCUGUGUCCCUGCAGCACUACUGCAUCAACUUUAGCUGGGUCAACUUCACAGAGAGCUCGGAGCAGACCCUGUGGAUUGAGAACCAGUCGGACUGUGUGGCCUACUUCCAGUUUGCCAUCGACUGCAAGGAGAGUGUCUUCAGCAUCAGGCCCCACUUUGGAACUCUGGUGGGCAAGGCCCGUAUGACCCUGCACUGCACCUUCCAGCCCACUCACCCCAUCAUCUGCUUCCGGCGGGUGGCCUGUCUCAUUCAUCACCAGGACCCCCUGUACCUGGACCUGAUUGGGACCUGCCACUCGGACAGCACCAAGCCAACCGUCCUGACCCCGCAGCACCUCAGCUGGUAUCGAACACACCUGGCACGGGGCCUGACGCUCUACCCUCCUGACAUCCUGGCUGCCAUGUUGAAGGAGAGGACACUGCAGCAGGACAGAGAUGGGACCCUCAUGCUGCCCCCCGAGGAUAUGGAGGAAGCUAAAGCCCCACAGCACCCUGAUAUUCCCCCCAUGAUGGAGUACUUCUUCGAUGGCACCAGGGAUAUGGCCAUCUUCCCCCCACCCGUCAGUGUAGAACCUGCUGAAGUGGACUUCGGUGGCUGCCCUGGGCCCAAGGCCCCCAGCCCUGCCCCACUGUGCCUGAGAAACCACACCAAAGGCAAGAUUACAGUGGUCUGGACACGAAGGUCUGGCUGCCCCUUCUGGGUGACCCCAGACACCUUCGAUGUGCCCCCACUCAAGUCCAUGGCCAUGCGUCUGCACUUCCAGCCACCCAGCUCCAAUUGCCUCUGCGCUGUGGAGCUCGAGGCCUUCGCCGUCUACAAGGUCCUGCAGAACUACAACAACAUCAAGGAAGAUUGCACUGUGUGUCCAUCCUGGUGUCUGCUGGUGCAGGCACGAGGCCACAGCUACAGUGCUGCCUUGGAGCACCACGUUCCCCAGUACUUACUGGAUGCGCCCCAGCUAUUUCCUGCAGUAUCAUCUGGCAAGCCCUCCUACCGCAGUCUGCUUCUGGUCAACAAAGGCCCCAUGCUGCUGACCUUCAGCGUGACCCCCAACAGCAGCUCAGACAUCACCCUGCGGCCCACCUCGGGCCUUGUAGCCCCUGGUGCCCACCAGAUCUUCCUCAUCAGCACCUACCCAAAGGGCACCUCCUGGAAGCAGCACAUUUUCUACCUGGAGUUCAAUUUUGGCUCCCAGUACCUCAAGGAGGUGAUCUUGCAGAGUCGAGAGGAGCCACUGCAGCUGAAGUUGGACAUCUGCAAAUGUGUCUUCUUCAAACCUACCUGGGUGGGCUGCUCCUCCACCAGCACCUUCACCUUCCACAACCCUUCACGCCUUCCCCUGGAGUUUGAAUGGAGGGUCUCUCAGCAGUACCAACAGGCUCUGGCUGUCCAGCCCUCCAAGGGGCUGAUCCACCCCAACGAAAGUCUUACACUGACAUGGAUCUUCAGCCCUUUGGAGAAGACCAAGUACCUGUUUCAAGUGGGGAUGUGGGUCUGGGAAGCCGGCCUGCCCCCAGAUGCCAAGCCCCCUGCCACUGUGCACUAUGUGAUCCGACUGGUGGGCUUGGGCAUCACCAGCAGCCUCUCUGCAGAGAUGAAGGAGCUGGACUUUGGGAACGUGCUGGUGGGCAGCGAGCAGUCCAGGAGUCUGGUCCUCCUGAACGAGGGCAACUGCACCCUCUACUUCCGCCUCUACCUGGAGCAGCACAGCCUGGAGGGCCUCGACCAUGAUACCCCUGCUCUGCAGCUGGACCGUUCCGAGGGGAGCGUGCCGCCUCACUGUCGAGACACCGUCAGCCUGACUGCCUGCCCCAGGCACAAGUGCCAGUACUCCUGGACUAUCAGCUACUCUCUCCUAUCUCACAAAGAUAACAAGCUUGGUGAGAAGCAGGAGUUGUGUCAAGUCUCCCUGGUGGCUGUGUACCCCUUACUCUCCAUCCUGGAUGCCUGCCCCCUGGGCGGAGCCAAGGGCAUCACUCGGAAGCACCUGUGGCGUCUCUUCUCCCUGGACACCCUCAAUACUUACUUGGCAUGUGACCCCACUCCCUCUGAGCUCACCUACAAGGUGCCUACCCGACACAGCACGGGCCAAAUUCCCCCUGUCUUUACGCCUUUGAAACUUGACUUCAACUUUGGGGCAGCACCACUCAAGACCCCACCCUCCGUGGUGCUCCUGGCCAUGAAGAACAGUGGAGUGGUGCCCAUGGACUGGGCCUUUCUCUUUCCAAGUGACCAGAAAAUUGGCUUGGAGCUGUGGGCAGAACAAAUAGAGUUUGACUGCACUGAGCUCCACCAGAUGCGCAUAGAGGACAAUUGCAUCUUCUCCAUCAGCCCCAAGUCUGGGAGCCUGAGCCCUGGGCAGGAGCAGAUUGUGGAGUUCAAAUACAGCCACCUGUUCAUCGGCACAGAUCGCCUCCCCGUGCUCUUCAAGGUGUCCCAUGGCCGGGAGAUCUUGCUAAAUUUCAUAGGUGUCACAGUGAAGCUGGAGCAGAAGUACGUGCACUUCACCUCCACUACCCACCAGUUCAUCCCUGUCCCCAUCGGUGACACACUACCCCCACGGCAGAUUUAUGAGCUGUACAAUGGUGGCUCGGUGCCUGUGACAUACGAGGUCCAGACCAGCAUUCUGUCACACAUUCAGGAAAAAAAUUUUGAUCACCCCAUCUUCUGCUGUCUCAAUCCCAAAGGGGAGAUCCAGCCAGGCACCACUGCUCAGAUCUUAUGGAUCUUUUCACCCAUCGAGGCCAAGACCUACACAGUAGAUGUGCCCAUACACAUCGUGGGAUGGAACUCAGCUCUCAUCCAGUUCCAGGGAGUGGGCUAUGACCCCCAUGUCAUGGGGGACACAGCCCCUUUCCACAACAUCUCCUCAUGGGACAACAGCUCCAUAUGCUCUAGGCUGAUGAUUCCUGAACAGAAUGUCUUCCUGUCCCAGUCUCAUAUCUCCCUGGGAAACAUCCCUGUGCAGAGCAAGUGCAGCCGCCUCCUCUUCCUCAACAACAUCUCCAAAAAUGAGACUGUCGUUUUUGCCUGGCAGUCAAGGCCUCUAGACUUUGGAGAGGUAUCGGUGAGUCCCAUGGUAGGAGAGGUGGCUCCUGAAGAAACAGUCCCCUUUGUGGUGACUCUGAAGGCCUCGGUGCAUGCCAGCUUCUAUAGCGUGGACCUGGUAUGCAAGCUGUACCGGCAGGAACUCAUGAGACAGUACCACAAGGAACUUCAGGAGUGGCAGGAUGAGAAGGUGCGGCAGGAGGUGGAGUUCACCAUCACAGACAAGAAAGUGGAGAGGAGAGCAUAUUGCACAGCCUGUGACCCUGUGAGGAGGUACAAGACGCUGCCUCCCAUCAUGAGCCAGCAAUCUCUCAGGCAGCCAGCCAGCUGGGAUCUUCAGAUCACAAAGGAAGAGCCAUCCUGGCCAUGCCCUCAGCCACCCAUGCCAGACAUGCUCAGCCUGGGCCUCACUGCCAGAGCCCAUGCCACUGACUUCUUCGUGGCCAACUUCUUCUCGGAGUUUCCCCGUCACUUCUUGCACUGGGAUCUGCCCAAGAGGACCCCCAGGGAAGAGCCAGAGGCUUCUGAGGAAGACUUCCCUAACAGUGAGGGGAACCCAGUUUCCAAGCAGAAGAAGCAACUCCUGGUGGACUGCCUCACCGCCAUUAUCAGAGGCCUGCUAGAAGACAAGAACUUCCACGAGGCUGUGGACCAAAAUCUGGUGGAGCAGGUGCCUUACUUCUGCCAGUUCUGGAAUGAGCAGCCAGCCAAGUUCAUGGCCCAGAACAGCUUGUACUUACUGCCAACUCUGCCCUCCAGCAGCUCAGGGCACCGGAAAAGCGAAGAGCAGGAGGAUAAACACAGAUCCCGGAAGCAGGAUAGGGGGAAAGAGGAGAAGGGUGAGAAGGAAGAGGGGGAGCUGGAGGGGCUAAAUGAGGAAGAAGAGAGUGAGGAGGAAGAAGAGUUGAGCAUGGAAGAGGAGGAAGAAGAGGAGGAGGAGAAGGUGACAGAGAGGAAGGACAGGAAAAUGACUGGGUCAGGGACCGAGCCUGCAUCACAGACCCAGCCCAGUUCCCAGCAGUCCCAGCAGUGGCAGUGGCAGCAAGACCUGACAGUCAUGGAGGAGGAGGAGCAGCGUAAGGAUGAGAAGGAAGCCAUUGGCAGGCUACCCUCCUUUGCCAACCUUCGGGAGGAGCUGCUGGAGAACAUGAUCCGAAACAUCCUGGUGGAGGCGAGCCGUGGAGAGGUGGUGCUCACCUCGCGGCCCCGCAUUAUCGCCCUGCCGCCUUUCAGCACGCCCAGGUGGGGGCACCCGGCCUCACGGAAGAGGGCAGCACAGCAGGCAGCCUUCCCCACCUUGGACCUUCUUGUCUUCCAGGACUCCGACCCCACUUCCGCUGCCGCGGAUCCAGCAGGCAGCGGUGCCCGACCCGCUGGGUCCACGUAGUACUUACUCUUUGCUGAUGCCGGUGCACAGCCCCUCUGGCCUGCCGCCCUGGAUUCUGCCUGAGCCUUCUCCA